AUGCCUGCGCAUGAACGGCAAUCGGCGCGGUCUUCGUACGGCAUGCGCGCAGGAUUCCUGGGGAUAGACUACGUGAAUGCGUUUUCUGUUGUUGGUGCGCUGAAAUACCUAAACCUAACCGAGCUGCACGAUGAGAACUGGACGAAGUACCUGCCUCUGGGUGGGCUAGAGCAUCCUCACUCGCAGGAGAUAACCAGUUUCAGGAGUGUGGGUCAUUUUGUUGUCGACCUUUACCAGCGAGCGUACGCCGCCCACGGUAAUGGAAUUUACACGAGGCUGGCGGUGCCCAGGUGGGUUGGUGGGAAAAGGGCUGCCGGAACGACCCACAUCACCCUCACGCCACCACUUUUUGCGAUGAAGUUGAGGCCCAUAGACACAGUCGGCCACACGACGCGUCAUGUCUUCCCGGUGCUUUUUCAUGCGACGGAUCUUGAGGGAGGAUAUCCAAAGAUUAUGAAACUUGAGUAUGCUUCCAUAGGUGCACCGUGGCUCGUGCCGAUGCUAUAUGAUGUAAGGAUAAAACAGCAGACCAUGGAGUAUUUAGCAUCCACGCCCCUGAUUCUAUCAACUCAGAACUCUAUCAUUCGAGACUCCUACCACGCGAAAUGCGGCUUCCCAUUUGGAAGAAUUAUAAGGAGGACAAAAGGACUUUGA